CUUAACUAAAUCGCCCGACGCGCUGCAAUACAAAGUCAAAACUGUUUCUGCUCCAACCUACUAUUGUCCGAACCCCGAUUCUUCAAUCAUCAGGUCAGAGUUGCCUCAUUUUUGCUUCACCAAAGCAGAUCUACACUGAACGGUUUCUCUGCAAAUUAUAUACUGUGUUUUGUGAUGUGCAUGGCAUCAAGCAGUGGUCAGAAUGGAAUUCAACUCUUAUUAGCUGCUGAGCAAGAAGCUCAACAUAUCGUCAAUGCUGCUAGAACUGCAAAACAAGCUAGACUGAAGCAGGCUAAAGAAGAGGCUGAGAAGGAGAUUGCUCAAUUCCGCGCUCAAAUGGAAGCUGACUUUCAGAAGAAGGUGGCAGAGAGUAGUGGAGACUCAGGUGCUAAUGUAAAGCGCCUUGAACAAGAAACCGAUGCAAAGAUCCAACAUCUGAAGACAGAGGCUUCAAGAAUUUCCCAUGAUGUUGUCCAAAUGCUUCUGAGGCACGUGACAACUGUGAAGAACUAAAAGAUCUCGGUUAAGCAAAGUUCAUUGAGACUUGAGUGCUCUCUUUACUUUUGUUAAUUUGAGAUGAAUAUAAUGGCAAAUAAAAUUUGUGUUUGUCUUGUAUUUUAGCAUAUUUGUGUGUCGUGUAGGUGAAUCCCUUUGAAUAAAUAAAACGAGUUCAAUCGGUCUCAUGUUAGUUGUA